AUGGCGGAAACAGUCGACAGUACGAAGCCGGCAGUCGGCAGCAAGACGCAUACAGAUGCUCAGAACAAGAGCAGUUUGUCCGGCAGUAGUCGGCAAGCCCAACAUCAAGAUAAUACAAGCGGAAAGGGCGAGCAGCAAAGCCACCAAUCACAGCAAAUACAGGAAUCCCAGGCACAGCAGCAGCAGCAGGCACACCGCCACACGCACCAGCAUCAGCCACACAGGGUUGGCCGCCGGUAUCGCGGCAGGUCGUCCAAUUUCGACGAGUCGGACAAUUCCAGCUCGUCUUCCCGAUACAGAAGUUCCGCAACAAGUAGCAGCGGUGCUUUGAAGCUCUCGGCGGAGCUCCGGAAAAAAUUCGAAACACUUACUGAACUUUUCCCCGAGUGGACCGUCGCAGAUUUCGCGUCGAUUCAGGACGAAAUUGCAGGCCAGGACAUUUCGGAAAUUUCCGAGGGAAUAUUGACUGGCACAAUACACAAGUGGGCGCCAGUCAUUAGCCGCGAGGAAAAGAAGCGUGAAUUGCGCGAGCAGCGCGAGUUGCGCGAGAUGCGUGAACAGCGCACCCGCUCCUCUUACCGCGGCUAUCAGGGCGGCGAUUCCCGCGACCAGCCCCGCACCAAGGGCGGCCGCAGGGGAUUUCAGCGCCAGAAACCCGCAGCCGCAAGCGCAGGCGCAAAUUCAACCGCAACCGCAUCCGCAGCCGUAGCCGCAACCGCAACGCCGGCCGCUACAGUGCCAGCUGCAAGCGCGGCAGAUGCACGCCCGCGCAGGCCAAGAAACACGCCUGCCACCCAGGCCGCCAUACCAAAGAAGGGUUCGUCCUGGGCCAGCGCACUUGCACAGAGCGAGGCCGCAAAGCCAAAGGCAGACGUGAAGCCGGAGGCGCCAGCGCAGGAGAAGGCCUCUAAUGGCGAGCAGAAGCCAAAGGAGAGUGCACCGAAGGAGAGUGCAUCCGCCAAGACGGAGCCUACGCCAACGCAAGCGCCGGUGCACCGCGCACACGCAAAGGCCGCCGCAAAGCCAAAGGCUGCGGCCUCGAAGCCGCAGGGAAUGACGUGGGCGGCAGCGCUUGCGCCAAAGAAAAAGGUUGUGAAAAAGAACAUGGUGAAGCCAGUUGAGAAGCCAGCAGUUAAGAAGGAGGAAGUGGCAAAGGAGGAAGUGGCAAAGGAGGCUGCGCCAGAGGAGGCUGCGCAAGCGGAAGUGGUGGAGGAUGAGGGUGCGCCAGUGGUGAAGAAGGAAGCCGCAAAGAGCGCAGACGCGGAAAAACAAGAAGAACCGGAAAAAGAACCAGAAGAGGAACCAGAAGAGGAGCCGGAAGAGGAACCAGAAGAGGAGCCGGAAAAACAAGAGAAACAAGAAAAACAAGAAAAGCCGGAAAAAGAAGAGGAGCAAGAGCAGGCAGCGCCAGCGCCACAGGCGCAAAGGAAGCCGGUGCGUAUUGCGCGCCGCAAGCAGCAGCCGGUUGUUCUGCCUGCGGGCACAGAGCAGGUUGGCACACUUGAUGGGAUCUCGUUUGGAUCCUUGAGUUUGCAGGAUAAAGCGGAGAAGAGUGUGAGUGCGCAGCAGCCGCAGGAGCGCAUAGAGCCGCAGGAAGCGCAGCCAGCGCAGCAAGCGCAGCCGGUGCAGCAAGCGCAGAAUGUGCAGACUGCACAGCCAGCUCCACAGCAGCAGGUGCAGGCAUCGCAGGCGCAGCCACAAGCACAAGCACAAGUGCAGCCGCUAGCCAGCGCGGAGUACAACCGCGUGGCAGCCGCUUCCGCAGCAUCGCCAGCCGCAGUCGGCAGUGCAAGCGCUCUUCCAAACAAUGGAAUGAUGGGCAUGCCAGCUUCGUACUUCCCAUACUUCAACUAUUAUAUGCCGUACUACCAGCAGCAGACACCUGCCGCUAAUCAGUAUUACAUGAAUUAUCAGAACAGCCAGGCGCAGCAAGCGGCUUUUGGUACGGGAUUCCAGAAUAAAUUCUACGGAAACCAGUACCAGCAGGCGGGCAGUGCAGCGCAGGCGGGUGCCGGUGUGUCACCUUCGCAGCAAGGUGCACAAGCGCAGCCGCAGCAGCAAGCGCAGCAGAGUGUUCAGGCGGCUGGGUCGCCAGCGCAGGGCAAGGUGAGCGCACAGCAGUACGGCCAGCGCUACGACCAGCAGGUGCAACAGCAGUUCCCUCAGCAGCAGUACGCGCAACAGUAUGCGCAGCAGUACCAGCAGUACCAACAGCAGUACAUCCAGCAGUACCAGCGGCAGCAGCAGGCCCAGGCGCAGGCGCAACAGAGCGCAGCGCAGGCCCAGCAGUCUGGCGCAGCCGCACAGCAGCAGCAGCCUACCGCACAGCAACAGGCCCAGGCCCAGGCGCAACAGCAGGCGCAGCAGCAGGCGCAAGCGCAACAGAGUGCAGCGCAGGCCAGUGGCGCCAGUGGCGCCGCCCAACCGCAGACCCAGCAGCUUCCCGGAUUCGGAUCCGCGCAGGCCUCCUCGGCGCAAAAUGCCUAUGGCUACUACCAAAACCAGUACCAGCAGUAUCCGGCAUCAAACGAUUAUGCCGUGAACCGUGACUGGUUCUGA